AUGAACCACGAUCCUUUUAAAUGGGGUAGACCAAGUGACGAAACCUAUGGUGAAUACAACUACUCUAUAGCUAAUACUAACAAUCAUAAUAGUAAUUUUACACCCAAUUCAAAUACUCAACAACCAAUAGUCACAGGUACCAGUGUAAUUGCCAUAAAAUAUAACAACGGUAUUGUAAUUGCGGCAGACAAUUUAGCAUCUUAUGGUUCUUUAUUGCGUUUUAAUGGUGUAGAAAGAUUGAUUAAAGUUGGCACCAAUACUAUUGUUGGUGUAUCUGGAGAUGUAAGUGACAUGCAAUAUAUUGAGAAGCUAUUGGAUGAUUUACAAGUUGAAAAUAAUUAUGACAACGAGUAUAGCGAGCAUGAAGAAAAGUUACAACCCAGUUACAUUUUUGAAUACUUGAGUAAUGUUUUUUAUAACCGUAGAUCCAAAAUGAAUCCCUUAUGGAAUGCUGUUAUUGUAGCUGGUUUGGAAAAGGAUAAAAAGACAGAAACUCUAGUUCCAUUUUUAAAAUAUGUUAAUUUAUUAGGGGUUACAUACGGAUCACCAACGUUGGCUACUGGGUUUGGUUCCCACUUGGCUCUACCAUUACUAAGAAAAGUUGUUGGAAAUGAAGAAGAUGUAUUGACAACUGAUUUAUCUGUUGCAAAGAAUGCUAUACUUGAAGGCAUGAAAGUUUUAUAUUACAGAGACGCUCGUUCGUCUAAAACAUUUUCCAUAGCCAUAAUUGAUAAAGAUGAAGGAUUGAUUUUUGAAAGUGGCAAAGAAAUACAGAACAUGUCUUGGAAAUUUGCUAAGGAUAUUAAAGGCUAUGGUACCCAAACUGUUUGA